UCACCCCCACCAUCACCUCCACCAUCACCCCCACCAUCACCUCCACCAUCACCUCCACCAUCACCUCCACCAUCACCAUCACCCCCACCAUCACCUUCACCAUCACCCCCACCAUCACCCCCACCAUCACCCCCACUAUCACCUCCACCAUCACCUCCACCAUCACCCCCACCAUCACCCCCACUCACCUCCACCUCACCCCCACCAUCACCCCCACCAUCACCUCCACCAUCACCUCCACCAUCACCCCCACCACCACGUCCACCAUCACCUCCACCAUCACCCCCACCAUCACCUCCACCAUCACCUCCACCAUCACCCCCACUAUCACCCCCACCAUCACCUCCACCUCCACCACCACCUCCAUCAUCACCUCCACCAUCACCUCCACCUCCACCAUCACCUCCAUCAUCACCUCCACCAUAACCUCCACCAUCACCUCCACUAUCACCUCCACCAUCACCCCCACCAUCACCCCCACCACCACCUCCACCAUCACCCCCACCAUCACCUCCACCAUCACCCCCACGAUCACCUCCACCAUCACCUCCACCAUCACCCCCACCACCACCUCCACCAUCACCUCCACCAUCACCAUCACCCCCACCAUCACCCCCACCAUCACCCCCACCAUCACCCCCACCAUCACCUCCACCAUCACCUCCACCAUCA